AUGGAUUGUCGGCCUGUUAGUUCGCGCGGGCAGCCAACAGAUUCAAAGCGUAUCAAACGGGCUGAUGAUUCUAGUUCUUCUAAUCGAACCUUAUGUGGUGUCGUUCCUGUAUCCAGCAAUACCACUACUGUAUCACCUGAUUCAGACGAAACUACAGAAGCAGAUGGCGAAAUCCUCCCGCAUUCCAUUAAAUUCAGGUCUAUACAAGAGGACCCUAAUGCUAGUGUUGUCUAUAAGUCUUUGUUUACUACUUCUGAGCAGGCGAAAAACCACCCUAAAGGACACUGGGUCACCUAUACGCCCCUUUAUUUCUAA